AUAACGACGUCUCGAAGUUGUUUUACCCCCUAGGUCGGUUUCUACACCCGCCUUCUCUUGCAUAGCUUCCGGAACCCGUUGCAUCUAGCCCGCCGUCCCCGAAUCCGCACAUUUGUUCGCUUCACAAGCCUCGAACUCGCCACGACCGUUCUUCUUUGUCUCUGAGACGGUCACUAACAACCGCACGACAAAGGAAAGCAUGGCCGGUGGGCCGAGUCCGAGCAGCACCAGUCCCUCGAACCUCUCCAACAGCCCGUUCCUGCACGGCUCCUUCAGCUCGACCUCGUCCUCACCGCCGAAGCAGCCCUUUUCUGCGCAGCACACCAUGACGGCCGACGUGUUUUCCGCAUCGCAUACAUACAACCUCCCUGCGCCCAUAGGAGAGCGCCGGCACUUGGAGAAGAAUGGUAUGUCUCUGCUCUCCUUCAGCGAGGCCGAGACCAGCGCCGAGCCCAAGGGGUAUCCCUCCAUCUUCCUGCGAAAACUCCCGAGCAACAGCGACCGCGAUGCUGUACGCAACAUCCUCCUCUUUGCGAAAGAUCUCAUUGACUGCGAGCUCGUCCCCGGUCCGAAGUACCCCGAAGACAAGGGCUUUGUAUCUGCCGUGGCCAGAUUCCGGACCCUGGAAGGUGCAAAGGAAGCAAGAAACCUCCUCAACGGGAAACGCAACGCCUCGAAUGACGCCAAUAUCAUCGUAGAGCUGGUGCAGGAGGGCAUCCCCGGUACCAUUGGCUCCCGGCGCAACACAGUCGACAGCGCACCCAUCAGACAAGGAUCAGUCUCCACUGCAUCCGGUAUCUCCAGCGCUACGACGAAUGGCCGUCAAUCCUCGCGAUAUAACGGAACGUUCCAAAACAUGGAGAAAAUGUCCCCACCAAAUGGAACCCCCGGUCUUGGCAACGGUGAAUUUCCGGUCCAGAAUGUGUUUUCCCCGACCUCUCCCGUCAACACAUCCUUCCCGCAUCGCAACUUGGGCAAAUCGGUCAUCAACGACGAGGCCGAUGAUGACGACGGCCUUUUGAAGGAAUCCAUUGGGUAUGCCACCGGCGGGCCGCCAGUCCAAUCUUCCAUUUCUCGUCGCACAACGAACCCGUCGAUUCCCGUUUCCCGCUUCUCCCAACUUUCGCUCAACACGAACGGCGUGAACGGAAUGAGUUCGCCGCCUAUGCCUAGCUAUGCAUCUCCUCGUUCUGCCGCUACGAUGCAAUCUCCUGGCACAGCAUUAUCUGCUAUGUCUCCACAUACAAUCCCCUCUGCCAUAGGCAAUCUGGGACCAAAUGCCUCUUACCAGCAGUAUACACAGCAUUUUUCUAGACAUAACUAUCCUCCAGUCAAUCCGGCCGAUCAGAAUCCUCCAUGUAACACUUUGUAUGUUGGAAAUUUGCCGAUCGACACAUCGGAAGACGAGCUCAAAGCCAUGUUCUCCAAGCAGCGUGGAUAUAAGAGGCUCUGCUUCCGGACCAAACAGAACGGGCCCAUGUGCUUUGUCGAAUUUGAAGACGUCUCUUUCGCCACAAAGGCGUUGAACGAACUUUACGGACAGCCUUUGCAUAACUCUGUGAAGGGCGGUAUCCGACUCAGCUUCUCGAAGAACCCACUUGGCGUACGCUCCGGACAAUCUACUGGCAUGGGGACUGCGUCCACCAUUCCUCCUACGACCCCCUUGCCCGGUUUCGGCGGCAAUAUCGCAACACCCCCAGGCUUCUCUACGGCUACCGGACCUCCUCCCGGCCUCUCAGCUCCCCCCGGCCUCUCUACACCUGUCAAUACCAAUGGAACGUCUGGAUUUGGCAUGUAUGCUAACGGUGGAUUUGGAAUGGGCAUCAACGAUAUGGCCAGUCCUAUCCGAUCUCAACCCCUCACCGCUGGGCUAGCAACCAGCGUCUCAGGGACUGGUUUCAGCAAUAUGAAUGCGAGCUACUCUGCAUAUAUGAUGGGGCGUUGAAGAUUCCUGACGAACUGAGUCUGUUAUGCCGUCAC